AGUAGUACUUUAUUCUUGUUCCUGAACAUUGUGGCCCGAAAGAAAGUAGUUCUCAUUUUUUAUCAUGCAAUAUUGAUACAAAGAUAAUACUGAGAGCAUUGUUUUUGCAUAAGAAGUAGUAAAAGCUUAUUGAUAAAUUUAUGAGGCAACAGUAAAGUAGGAUUAAAAUAACUGAGCAUAAAAAUAAUAUUUGACCCAAACAAUAUUAUUGCGCUAAACGUGGUUAAAAUCUUCAUCCUCGCGUUUGUGGGAUUGAUCGCACAAUGGUUGAUCUGUGAGGAAGAUUUUGUGAUUUGGUGGAAACCACGAUAGAGUAGUUCAACUUUCGUUUUUGUCCUGAGUUAGAAACUAACUUUUUACUUUUAGGGAAAGAGUGUGAAAGUAUAAGUUUUACAUGGUUGGUUUUUUCAUCUGAGGAGCUUAAGUAAAGGAUUCUUAAUAACCAGAAUUUCAACAUAAAAAGGUGACGGCUGUCUUCAACUUGGUUUCUCAGUACAGUAUAUUAGAAAACCUAAAAGUUUGUGUUUAAGCUACGGAAAGUUUACUUAGAAGCAAAUAUGGCAAACCGAUUGUAAAAAAAAAAAAAAAAAAAAGACCAUCAUCAACGUGCUUCUGUGAAUGAAAAUUACGAGUCGGAUUUUAAGGAUUAGUUUCAAAAAUUAAUUUUUUCCACAUGAAUAUAAAUUCUCGCCUCCCACGUCUUAACCUUUACGAUGCACGUCGAAAACAAAUGCGAAGUUUUGAAAAAAACCCAGAAGGCGGGAGUGGAGGAAGUCUUAGCCCUAACCUCCAACCUCCUACUCCACCAAUAUGCCCAGACGCCACUGAACCUUUUACGACUAGUCGAAUUGGCUCAUAUUUAUUAUUGGGGCAACAAGAAGGUUCUAUGUUGUAUCGCUGCAUCCACGUACUAACUCAGGAAGAAUUUGUCUGUAAGAUUGUGGCCAAGGACUCGUAUGAAAGAACUCUUGCUGGUUACCUCCGGUUAGAUGGACAGCCGCAGGUUAACAGAGUUGAAGAAGUGUUAGUUGGUACAAGUCGAGCGUACAUUUUUUUUCCACGCUCGUACGAAGACUUGCAUUCUUACGUACGUUCCAAACGUCGUCUCAAAGAACAAGUGGCAGUCCCCCUUUUUCGGCAAGUAGUUCAAGCGGUCCAGGCCUGUCACGAUGCUGGAGUAGUUCUUCGAGAUCUGAAACUUCGAAAAUUCGUCUUUAAAGACCCCGAGAGAACUCAACUUAAGUUGGAGACACUAGAUGAUGCCGUGGUGUUGGAUGAUGAGUCCAGUGAUCAGCUCAGUGAUAGGCACGGUUGUCCAGCCUACGUCAGUCCAGAGAUUCUUACACCGACAGAAACCUACUCUGGUAAAGCUGCAGACUGCUGGAGCUUAGGUGUAAUACUGUACACCCUUCUGGUUGGACGGUAUCCCUUCAAUGACAGUAACCAUACAUAUCUCAUUGGGAAGAUUCGUAGAGGGAAAUUUACAAUUCCAGACUUUAUUUCCUUGCAAGGAAAAUGUCUCAUUCGCAACUUGCUAAGAAAAGAUCCUAAAGAAAGAUUUACAGUUGAAGAAGUUCUGAGUCACCCCUGGCUUCAGUUAUCGUUUCAUGAAGGAAGAGUUUCUUCUGAUAACCAUAAGGAUGAAGCAAAGGUUCCUGAAUUUGUGAUGGAUGCAACCAAGCCAGCAGAAAAUCCUUUCUUGUUUCUACCACUGUAAAUAACUAGCUAAUUUUAAGAUAGAACCAGUCUUUCUUAUUUGAGAGUGUGACAUAUUGUACAUCAGUUCUUGUCCAGCUUAAAAACGUGAAUGUGCAAAACCAUAAAAUAUUUGGGAAUCUUCCUGUACUUGUAUGAAUUCACAAGGACUUUUAUGAUGCCACCAAACUAAUGUGGACCACACUGGUUUUGACUUAGCUCAAAGCUACACAAAUGAUAAUUGUUCCCAUUAAUAAUAAUUAAGACUACAGUUUUGUCUGAUUUUUUUUUUUUCCCAUCGAGCAUUCCCUGUUAUUUAAAAAUAUCUCAACAAUGUGAAGGGAAUCCGUAGUGGAUCCCAUAUAUAUGCUUUUUUCAGUUACAACAGUAAUUACCAAAACUUCUUGGGAUAGAGAGCUGAAUUCUUCUUAAGUCAUGUUACAGUACUUUCAAAAAUCAAUAAUGGACACAAGCAGUGUGAAGUUAAAAAUAUUAAUUAAUUAAUUACUUUGAUUUUUAUAUGGAUAAAAAAAAUAAAUUACUAUUAUUUUUGUUUAAUUUCCGAAAUCAUCAUGAUGUCUUGUUUAAUUUUUUACUGUUAACCUGAAAUUUCAAAAAGACAAGUUAAGCAAGGGGACCUUGGUGACAUUUUUGAUAGUUCUUUGGUUUUGGGGGCUUUAUGCUUAUGUCUCACUAACUCAUUUAUUGAAUUUUUUUUAUUCCUGUGUAAAUCAAACUUAAUUUCCAGUUUUUGUUUAGUCUGCCACAUAAUUAGACAAUAUAACAAGUUUUAAUGGGUAUGCUGCCAGUUAUAUUAAUGUUACAAAUGAAAGUAACAUAAGGAAUAACAAUAAAUCAUUAUGUAGACCUGUAAGUAAUUAAUGGUUAUAACUGUAUUCUGCUUACAAGUCUGAGAAAAACAUACGUUAAUUUACUUUUGACUGAAUAUAAUGGAUGUAUGUAUUGCCUAUUUAAUUUGGCAAUGGGAAGAAUAUGUCAUUUCAUGUUAUAAAGUUAUCUUUGUGUAUUGAUUUAAACUGGGGUUAAUCUCCCAUUUGUAAAACGAUAAUAAGAGAUGUGGUAUUGAAUUAUUCCAUUAUGGAAAAGAAUUUUUAUGCAAAACAUUUAUCAACUACCUCUUUCAGUUGCUAAAUAUCUCAGGUGAGAACUCUUCUCUAUGACUUGUUGUUUCUCAUUUGCUAUAGCACAUUUAUUGUGGUGCUCCAUACGAUCUAUGUGUGGCUAAGUAAUCAGAAAUGUUAUUCAAUUGGUGGUUCUGUCACAGAAGUAGCCUAGAUUUGACAUGGAUGGCUGUUCUUAAGAUACAAACUAUAAACAUUUGAAACUGUUUCAAAUGGAAAUAACCACCUUAGACAUAACGUUAAUGAGAGAAUACACAAAUGUACAUCCUAUAAGUAGGAAAUAACCACCUUAGGCUUAAUGUUAAUGAGAGAAUACACAAA